AUGAACAAUCCCAAAGCUACUCAUGAACUUUGGAUGAAUGAUAUUUCUUUGGUGGGUGUUCUCGACAAUGUCGGAAAGGAACAAGUAUUUGAUGGGUGGGCUGUUUGUAAAUAUUGUUUAACAGCCUAUCGAACUCAUUCAAAGAAAGGUGCUACCGAAAAUCGGAAAAACUAUGGCUUAACAUCAUUACAUGCACAUGUCAAGGAAUGUAGCGCACGCUCUGAAAAAACUUCAUCGUCAACUCCAACGGCGACAACUGCAAUAUCAAAACAAUCAGGUUCUGUUCAAACGUUAAUGCCUCGUUUUGCAUAUAACAAAAACCAAUUAAGUGAACAUUUACAAAAGCAACUAAAAGAUGCAGAACUAAAAUUUGUGACCGUUGGAAGUCAUUCAUUUAAUGCACUUGAAAAUGAUGGUGUUCUGGAACUGGCCCAAACUGCCAUUAAUAUUGGAGCCACAAUGGGUAUGGUGAAUAUUCGUGAUAUAUUUUACGGCCGAAAGACGAUUCGUAAUGAAGCUAUGACAAAGUUCAAUCAUUUUUCAAAUACAAUUCGACAAGUACUCGAUGAACCAAUUAAAAAUCAUUGUGUUGCUGCUACAUGCGACAUGUGGACUGACGACUACAUUAAACGAUGUUAUCUUGACUUUACAGUAUUUUGGACCAACGACGAAUUCAAACUUUCACAUUGCUUAUUACGUUGCAAGCAUUUUCCCGAAGAUAGUAAAACAGGUAUCAAUAUUUGGCAAGAAAUUAAAUCCAUUUUCGAAUCUUUUAAUUUGUCGUUCGGUGACACACCAAUUGUCACUGAUCAAGGAAGUAACAUGAUUGCAGCUUUUAAUAUUACUCAGGAAGCUCGUCUUCCAUGUAUGGCACACCGUUGUAAUACUACUCUUGAAACAGCCUGGAAUAGAGAAGAUGCAAAAAAUUCAACAUUUGCUAUGUUCAAUGGUGCAGUUCGUGAUAUACGUAAGUAUGUUAACCAGACAACUGGUAUUCAAGAUAAAUUACCGAAAACACUUAAAGGUGGUUGUGGCACGCGCCCUUGGCGAUCAUAUUUUGAUAUUCACGAUUCAUUAAAUAAUUCAUUUGAAAAACUUAAUAUUAUCUUACGUGAAAGGGAAGAACAAUACAGAUUAUUCAACAUCGAUCCUGUUUUAUUGAACGAAAUUGUUAAAUUGAUGCAUCCAUUUUCAAUGAUUUUUGACAAGCUCGAGAUGGCCGAUCAACCUACGUUGCAAAACGUGGUACCUAGCUAUUAUCGUAUGUUAAACGAUGUUCAAGUUAAUACUAAUGAUCAUAAAAUUAUUAAUGAAUUAAAAUCCGAAAUACGAUCGUGUCUUGAUGAGAAAUAUUUACCUUCUAUUUUACAAAUUCAUUGGAUUGGUACGUAUUUAGAUCCAUCAUUGAAAUCUUUUUUCUUCGUUUCGGAUAGCUCGUAUUUGGAAAUUCAGAAGAAACAAGUCCAAAAAGGUCUUCAUAUUUUGGCAUCCGAUAUUGUUCAUCAUUCGAAUAAUCAUUCAUCGUCACAGGAUUCAUUUCAUAAUUCACCAUCAUCUAAGCGAAUGAAAAAUGAUCCAUUUGCUGAUUUUCGUAAUAAAAGAACCACACAAAAUACAUCGAUUUGUGGCCAAUCGGCAUUGGAAAAAGAGCUGGAUCGACAAAUUCAAAUAUAUGACAGUAUGGAAAUUGAUAAUAAUUACGAUAACAAUCCAUUUACAUUUUGGCGUAAUCAUAAAGAUGAUCUUUCGUUUCUUGCCCAAAUUGCAAAAUCGGUCUUGGUGAUUCCUGCUUCGUCGGCCGAGAGUGAACGGCAUUUUUCGAUUGCAGGGCAAAUUGUCACGGAGCUUCGAAGUUUACUCGAUCCUAAUUAUGUAGAAGCUCUCGUGGUGCUCAAAGAAGCUUAUAUAAAUAAAAUGUGGCCAACGGUGGUAUGA